AUGAACUUAUGAUAAGUCCAUUUUUGAUUUCGUUAUUGUAAUUUAAAUAGGCGAUCGAAAGGCUUCCAUUCAGCUCUGGGAUUAUCUAUCUUCAGUGAAUUAGCUUACUUUUAGAGCAGGUUAUCAUAUUAAUGUAAACUAUGAAAAUAGAGGAACUUUAUCAUCGCGAUGAAGAAAUUACGACCGAUCGUAAUACCGUUACCAUAAAAGCUACGCCGAUAGUAAGGCAAGUUACAUCAGCUCCCAAGACAAAAAGACCUAACAUUGGCGGGAAAGGUUCAAAGCUGAUAAAAAGGCACACGAUAUCUAACAUGAAGCUUGAACAACUUAACAAACAUGAAGAAAUGUCGUACAUGGAAGAUGCUGAGGCUAACGAAGCAAUUCUGAAAAACACUAUUUCAAAAGAUGAACUCUGCAGAUUUCUAUCACCUCUAAAAUUUUUGGAAAUAGAGACAUGGAGGAAAGAAGUUCCCAGUGGAGACAACAUUGAUGAAGCAGAAAUUGAACAUAGAAAAUGGAGAACACCGAUUGAAAUAUUGAUACCAUCAGCUGGUCGAGAGGACGAUACCGAGGACCUAUCCGGAAAGGGAAAGAAUCAAGUGAAUGAAGAAGAAUUGAAUUUGAGAAAGAAAAAAGCUGUUUCGGUGUACGGAAGACGGCGGAGAUUUUUUGAAGAUGUACAACGACAGAACGCACAAGUUUUACAUAGGUCAAAUUCCGAUGCAACAAGUCCAUAUUUGAUAAGACCUCGAACGCGAGAAGCAGUUUCAGCUGGAGGGAAAUUAAAUUCAAAUCAAGAUAAUUCAAACAACAAAAAAACAUCCAAACAAAAUCAGAACUCUCCAGAAAAUCGCUUGAGAAGCGCGUACGAGGCGACCAAUGGCAUUAAAACAACGCCACAAAAGGAGAGUCGCACCACACAUAGCGCCAAAGCAGUAAAAAGCAACAACUCUGGACAUAUAUACGUAAACCAUGCUGCAAAUGGCUCACCAUUGACCCAUGACGCGGUGAUGACAUCAUAUUUUGCUCCAGGGAGACCUGUAAAACUUUCGAGGCUUCGUAACAGAACAAGAACGGAGCCGUCGAGAGAUACCAUGGGAUCUGCUGAGGCAGGAGAAAGCUCAAUGCGUCGUUUAUCAUCGUCAAACACAAAAAGCGGACUAACGUUAACGUCAAAUUCUGCGUCCUCACCACCACCAUCUAACCGCAGAAUAUCGUCUUCAUCUUGGCCAGCACCAUCACAAGCAAGGAAAGACCAAAUAAAAGAUCCCUAUCAAGACGUUCAAGUACUUCCAUUUAAUGCAGUCAGACCCCAAACUGCAGGCGAAGAAAUGUUAAACGUUCAAUCCAGUGCAUAUCAGAGGCAUUCAAAAUUCAGAGGAUCACAAAAUAGAGUUAGCCUAAGCCGAGGAUGGAGAACUUGGAACAACAGGCGUGUUUUAGAAAAUAGCUUAAAUGCAGCUUCAAAACUUUAUCAAAAUUCGGUUUUCCCAAAAAAGAUGGAAUCUCCCAAAACGCUAGGGAAGAUUAAAACUCGCGAAUCAAAAACACCACGAAAGAUCAACUCUGUAGAGACAACUAGUGACAAGAUACAGACGCACGGCACCGAUCACAACAACAACAAUGGAAAACCGAUGCCAGAUCCCGAUACGAAAACACCAAAGAGUAGCACAUAUCCCCUGACAAAUCAUGUAACUAAAAUUUCGUUUGCUAAUGGGCGAUCGCAAGAAAAUAAAAUACCAACUAGUCCAACCACGAAUAAACAUGUCAUGGGCCGUGUACAGCCCAUACCACCUAUUGAUAUGAAGGUUACAUCCACAAUAAAUGGUGUGGCGGAUGGCGCAGCCAAACAUAUUACUCUCACAGGCGGAAUAAAAUAUCUCAAUUCUGAUGGAAUUAUUCAAUUGUCUCCACUUCAGAACAGAGGGAAAGGAAGUGGUUCGCCUUGGGUAGCUGAAGCAUUCAAUCCAAUCUGGGCAGCAAGUGAGGGUUAUUAUGUAAGACAACAGACAAGACCAAAUAAGACAGUUACUUUUCGCCUUGGAACAACAUAACAUCACAAAACAUGACGUUUCACGGCAAGGUGCAAUACUGGGUCGAUCGAGCUUUCUGAAAAAGCAUACAUGACUAUUUGUGGAAGCAAAAUACUUAUGUUAGCAAAUUAUCUGUGGUGUAUGGCAAAGAAAAAAUUAAAACAGAAACCGGAUACAAAGAUAUCAACAUCAUGACUUCGCAAAUAUAUAUAUAUCUUUUACCUUUUAAGUUUAUAUUUUAAUGAGAAUUAAAAAAUAUAUAUAUAAAAACA